AGAUAUGCCUGGGAAUCUAGUCAUUAUUGGAAAACAUUAGGUAUGUGACAUAUUAAAUAUGUGCAUUAAAAAAUGUUAAAAUUGUGUGUUCUCUUUGGCCUAACAGUAUCAGUGUUUUUCCUUCAGAUUUAUUCUCAAACCUCCUUACAAGUUAAAAACGACACAACGGACCUACUCGCAAUAUUAAAAAAAGUCACGAGUGAGUCUGUAGACAGAGCCAAGCUCAUCAUUGAUGCAGCAGCAGUAAAGGUGGAAUCAACUGCUGGUUCCGUAGAAAGGGAUGCGGAAAUAGUCAUGAACACUGUUGGAGAUGGGUUCAAAAGACAGUUGGAUGCGAUUAAAGAAAUAGCUGCUGAUGCCGACGUUAACAUAGACGAGUGUUUAGCAGAAAAUGAAGAAAAAUUGUUGAACAUUCCUCGCAAAUUUUACAUGUACUUUUUUCGCAAUGUGUCUUACAAGGUUAUGGAAGGAGUAUCUUACGCAGUGGAUGCUAUGAGAAACGUUCAAAGGGUCAAGGACGAGAUUACUGAUUUUGAAGAGGAACUAGCAGACUGUGAAGGUGAUAUAUCUUCCACAAAUUGCUUAGACAAACUGUCAACAAAAAUAGAAGAAGCCAUAUUGUCUCUCCCCAACAAAAUUAGAAAAUUUGUGAAAACUGGACAGACAUUAGCAGAUGAAUCGCGUUCUGGAAUUGAAGAUUAUGCACCAACAGUUAUAAAUAACCUUGAGUCUGAAGGGGGUGCCAUAAUAACAAUGAUUUUUGAAUGCGUGGACAACAUAAUUAAACAAUAUCUUAAGUAAUAUACAAAACAAUACAUUUUAGUUUCGCAUUUGUACAAAAAUAUAUUUUUGCUGAAAUUAAAAAAAAAACGUUAUGCUACGUUACAAUAUUUUUGUUACAAAAAGGUACCUACCAUUUAAUAGUUUCACAUCUGCCCCUGAAAUUUUAUAUAAACUUUUGUACAUAUUUUUCAUGUGAUUUGUUCCAGUAUAAAUUAUGUUACUGAUUUUAGA